AUGGCCAAGUCGAAUUCCAAGGGGGCUGAUGAAAAGAAGGGGAAGGAAAAGAAGGACAAGAAGGAGAAGAAGGAAAAGAAGGAAAAAGGUCUUCGGCCCCCAAAGACCUCGAUGCAGCCUCCUCGAGGGGUCAGCGUGGACUUGGAAAUUAAACCUCCGCAACAAAUAUCACCAGAGGAGGCCCUUAAGAAAUUUGGACCUUGUCAUGUGGAGGCACAGCAGGCUAAAACAGCAAUCCUCCUCUUACCCAGCCCUGAAACGCAUGUCGUGUUGGAGUCAUUAAAUUGUCUUCAAAAAUUUUGCAAGAAAAGGGACGAAAAUAAGCGCAUGUUUAUUGAGAUGGGCGGACUGAUUGAAGCGAGAAAGUUGAUUUUCAGCGAUAACCUUGUUAUUCAACGAUUUGCCAUGAAACUAAUUGCGGUCACUUCCACUUUUCAUGAGGCUGUGGUGCAACUUCGAGAUUUGGAUCUGGCUAGCGACUUUAUUUCCCUUGCUGCUUUGGAGGAUGAUGUAGUGGUGGAGUAUGCCACGUUUGCCUUAUCCAGCUUAGCAAUGCUGUAUACUGGCCGACUCCAAAUUGUCCAAAAUACUGGAGUUCCUCUGUUCAUCCAUCUCCUUUCUCAUACGGAUCCAGAUAUUCAAAAAAAUUCGGCAGAAACUAUUUGGCGAUUAUUGGAGGAGCCGCUAAAUAUCGAUUUGAUAACGACCAAAGGUUCUGUGGAGCCAAUAGUAAAGCUGGUCAACUCGGAAUAUCCAGCCUUGCAAAUUGUCGCAAUUAGCAUAUUAGAAAAAAUUGCAGCACGCGAUCCUGGAGUCCAGGUCUUGGACGGUAUUGAAGCCAUGCAUCCAUUGGGGGAGAAACUUGCAUUACCGGAAUAUGGAGAUUUGCAUCGAGUCAUUCUGAAGACUUUAAUCAAUAUGUGUAUGAAUCAGUCUGCUCGUCUCAAAAUCGUUCCACUAGUGCCAGUUGCUGCCAGAGUUCUUGACACCACCCCGGACAGCAUUGCGCAAGUUCACGCCUUGGGAUUGCUGGGCAUCCUGUCCUCCGUUCCUCCUGUGGCCACAGGGCUCGUUGACUUUGGAAUGUGCAAGCGAUUAAUAAAGAUAUUGUCUGGGGACAGUGAAACCGACAUGAAAGAAACUGCAGCUCUCCUGCUGUUUACUUAUUUCUAG